AUGAACAACCACUGCGAGAAUAAUCGUGCAUCCAAGCCAUCACCGUUCGCCUACGACACACAACCUUGCCAUCAUCGGAAAAUCGCGGCCAGCUCCGCCCUCCGGCGAUCCGCAAUUCCGUCGCUCACGAAACCGAGAUCGCCUUCAACCUCCUCACGGAUCUGCAUCUCCGCCGGACUGCUCACCAGCCCACGGAGUCGCCGCAAUCUGCAUAUAGAACCCACCAUGAAAACCACCAUGGACGUCGUGUUGUGCUCUGCCCCUUCUGGUUCCGCUGACCUCCAUCCUAAGAUAAGAGUUUAUUUCUUUUUCUUCUGCCAUUUUUUUCUUCUUGAUAUGAUGUUAUGGUGGUUGAUGUUCCAAAGAGAAGAAGAGGUUUUGUUAUCUAUGAAAAAUGGGGUUGUUUUUUCUAUUCACAAUAAUAUAGCGUGA